AUGUCGAGUAUUACCUCACGAUCACUCAGCCCAUCUUCACCUCCCUUCAUCUUUCCCAAAUCAUCUCCCACUUUCACUUCUAACUCCAGCUCCAACUCGGACAAUACAUCGAGUGGAACUAUCUCUUCUACUUGCGUGGAGACCAGCUCAACCUCUUCGCACUCCGAUACGACCAAGGCGAAAGAUAACACUCAUACCACCAUCAAAGGAGAAAGUACAAUCUUUCCUUUUCCUUCUUCCAGAACUACUACAGCUAAAUCUUUUGGUGCUGGAUGGAAAUCUUCUUCCUCGACUUCACCUUUCAACUUGAUCCAAAUGCCUAACGUCCCCGGUGGCCAUCAUACUCAAAGAUUCCGUGCUCCUGUCUGCGACAAAGGUCCUUUCGAUACUCGAUCUAGAUCACCAAGUCUUCCGAUCUUACCAUCACAAUCUCACACGCCGACCAUCAAAAACUUCACUAGUGAAAUUGCAGUUGCAAGUGCAGCUGGUACUAAUCAACAUCCAUCUAUCCUUUACCCCAUCAAUACCAAAGACCUUUCAAACGAUUUCGAGCUUUAUACGCCAACCAGUCCCAACUCGGCAGGACAUCCAUUCUCACCGAUCAACGAUCAUAUCCACCAUGUCAGACAUCAUCCAUCCCUUUCCUCGAUCGAUAUCGAGCUUGACGAUCAUCCUCACACCCAUUAUCCUUACCGACACCAUGCUAGUCCAGAUGCAAAUGGCUGUUCAUUCUAUCCACCUAUGGGAAUCAGUCCGAUCAGUCAUCAUCAAUCUGUACCAAACCUUCCUUAUCACCAUCAUUAUCAAGGACAAGCACAAAGUCUAUUUCGAAAACCAAGUGUAAACGUGAGAUUUCAAGACGACGAUACUCCCACCCCACUAUCCAUGCAGGAUAUCAACGAAGCUGAAGCUGAAGGUGAGAUUGAAAUCAAAAGAGGUUUGAGAAGAAUGCCAGCUUUCAACUUUGGACAAAUGGGGGCGAGAAAUAAGUUGAUGAGUUCAAAGAGUAUGCCAGCGAUGCCUAUCCUAGGUGAAGGAAGGAACGUUUUCAUCCAUCGUGUCAAUAGUGAUCUUACCGAAGAUCAACUUCGAGUCUACGCAUCGGAGUUCGGUGAAGUAGUAUCGGUGAAAAUCCCUUCUCGAACUACAAGACCACACGCUUUUGUCAUGUUCAAACGACCUGAUCAAGCUCAAAGCUUCAUCGUGCAUCUCAAGAUGAAGAAUGUAGAAUGUGAAUUUGGCAAGGAGGAUUACCAAGUGCAAAACAAAGCCUUGGAAGAUCCUAAUUCAGCAAAUUUGUAUAUUGCUGGUCUGCCCACUGCCCUCAACUAUGAGGAACUCGCCGAGCUCCUCUCUCCCGCGAAGAUAUGCUCUUGGAAACCUCUUGUCGAUGAAGCAGGUAAUAGAAGAGGACCCAUCAUGGCCAGACUUCAAACCCGAGUUCAAGCCAAUGAUGUGAUAAAGAAGAUUAAUGGAAAAUACUAUCAAGGGAUGAGCGAAAGAAUUCAAGCUCGAAUCGCUGAUUCUGAUGAGCAAAAACAUUUCAAACGACACCAAAGUAUGAGCCGAGAUCGACCAAUCGUAGUUCCUCCAGUGCAGUUCAGACCCUAUGGCAAUGUUCCUCAAGAUGAGGGUGAUGAUCUCGAACUCCUUCGAACUCGAGAUUACCUCGCAUCUCAAUUGGAUGCUAUCAACGGUCAACUCGCCCGAACCCAAGUCAGACCUCGUAAUAUCGUCUUCCCCGACCCUGAAGUUCCAAUUGAGAAUGAUAUCGUCCGCCCCUCACCUGUUCCAAUUGGUCAGAUCCCACGAGGAUGGGGUCAUCGACAUACCUCUUCAAACUUUUCUAUCGAUUCUCUUGGUUCUUGGCCUGAUUGGACGAGUACCUGGACUCGAAACCCCCCUAAUCAAAAUAACAUUCUUGCUUUCGGAGGCAAUCUCGGUCAUCCUCAACCUCAUCCUCAACUUCGACAACAAUCUCUCAGUCUUACCAAUCAUCAUGACAACGAGGCAAAUUUCGCAGCGUUGAGUCCUUUACACCACGUCAAGUCUUCUCCUGAGCUGGGUGGUAGAUCAGAUAGCGCUAGUAAGCUCUUAUGGAAAAAGGAUGAGGUAUAG